UACAAAGCUGUAGGUUGGUUUCGCCACAGAGUGUUCGGCAAUAAACUUUCAGAGCCUUUAGAUGACAGAAUUGCGCAGAAAACUCGCAAAGUGUUUGCAACCACUCACUUGCAGAAUGUGUGCAGGAAGUCUGCUUGUUAGGACAUUCUUCGGGGGAUUGUAAAGAGGGCUUUGCUAAGAUUAGCGCGUUCGUGCUUUUUCACGUGAAAGCACCUUUAUAAGGCCUUAUUGUGGCACAGACUGUGGGUGGCUACGCUGCAGGAAAACGACUCGUCUUCUUUGCAAAGUCUAAUUUGUGUGCUUCAUCAUGGCAACAUAUACGUUACCGGAGGGAUUCACAGAGUUUGACAUGUUUACAUUCGGUUCAGCACUCCUUGUUGGCGGGAUGCUGGGAUUCUUCCUCAAUGCCAUCAGCAUCCUUUCUUUCCUCAGGGUGAGGGAGAUGCGCAAUCCCAGCAACUUCCUGGUGUUCAACCUUGCUGUAGCUGACCUCAGUUUGAAUAUUAAUGGACUUACUGCAGCCUAUGCAAGCUAUCUCAGAUACUGGCCAUUUGGUCAAGAUGGUUGUGCCUAUCAUGGUUUCCAGGGGAUGAUAUCCAUACUGGCAUCCAUCAGUUUCUUAGCUGCAAUCGCUUGGGACAGAUAUCACCAGUACUGCACCAGACAGAAGCUUUUCUGGACCACAUCUAUCACGAUCAGCAGCAUCAUCUGGAUUCUCUCCAUCUUCUGGUCUGCUGUUCCUCUACUGGGAUGGGGCGUCUAUGACUUUGAGCCCAUGAGGACGUGCUGCACGCUGGACUACACCAAAGGGGACAGGGACUACAUCACCUACAUGCUAAGUCUGGUGGUGCUCUACCUGAUGCUCCCAGCUUUUAACAUGUACUCGUGUUAUGAUUUGAUCUACAAGCAUUUCAAGAAGAUCCAUCACCACCGGUUUAACACCAGUUUGCCUGUGAGGGUACUGCUGAUGUGCUGGGGCCCAUAUGUCAUCAUGUGUGUCUAUGCCUGCUUUGACAAUGUGAAGCUCAUCUCUCCAAAGCUAAGAAUGAUGCUUCCAGUUAUUGCAAAGACAAAUCCUAUAUUUAACGCUCUCCUCUACUCAUUUGGAAAUGAGUUCUACCGAGGGGGAGUUUGGAAUUUCCUCACUGGACAGAAGAUUGUUGAACCAGAUAUUAAGAAGUCAAAGUAAAAGAAAACCCAGUAAAAUCGGGCAAAAAUCCAAGAUCAUCAACUGCUUUCAUGAUAGGUUCCUCAUUCAAACGUAGUAGGAUGUUUUGAAAUAAACAUUGCCAGGUCAGAGAUGUACAGUUGUGUUAUUUUCAUAUUUCAUAUUUGUACAGUACAUGACAUUACAGGACAGUCUGUUUGCUUGGAGCCACCAUACCUCAUGUUGGACUUAGCUCAAUCAACAAAAAAACAUGCUGCAGGUAAUCUGACCAUUUUAAAUGUUCAUGCAUUCUUUCUUUCAGCAGCUUGACUUUAACCUGCACUGCUCAAGCAUCCACAUGAAUCCAGUGACAAUAAACACAGAUGUUGCUCCUCU